UUCCGGCUUCCCGUGUUUCCUUGGAAACCGCCAAACAUGGCCAACUGAUUGCCUGUCAGCCAAACAAAAGGUCAAGUCGAGAGAAGCGACGUGAAGAGUUCGAGAGAGGUGGAGUGAGGUUGCUCAUUCAGAGGGGAACAUGGAGGAGGCGGACAAUGGAUGUGAAUGGGAUGUGGCGUCUGACACCUGCGAACUGGCAACCGAGCAGCUUAGCUCUGAUGAAGAAACUGAUGGCAAGGAAGAGGAUGACUUUAAGACGGACGACUUUAAGGAUGGAGAAGUAAACGAGUUUCCUGAUCUGGAAUGGUUAGAAGAGUUGUACCAAGAGAACGAUAGCGAUGGUGACCUUGCGGGUGAGCCUGGCGAUGAGAGGCAGAGGACUUUUUCAGCGACAGCGCGGAUGUUCAAGCUGAGACGGAACCUGGACCAGCUGGACAACUUCCACAGACAGAAGGAAAGUGCCCUGCUGAAAGCCAGAGAAGAUCUUAACCGCUUACAUCACAGCAUUGAGAGUCUACUGGAGCAGCGGGAUGUCUUGGAGCGAGAAAUAGAAAAUCAAGAGGCAGCAAAGAACAGUGUGGCAGUUAUUCGUUUGCGGGCUCAGCAUAAGAAUCUGUGUUACGAGCUGCAGAGGGAAGAAGAGAUUGAGGCCCACACCAACAAUGAGCUGAGGCAACAAGAAUUAGAGCUGAGCGAGGUUGAGCUGGAGGUGGGCAAGUUCUGCAUGCUGCGGCAGGAAGUGCAAGAGGAGGAGCGGGUCUUCCAGAUCCUCAAAGCCCAGAAUGCAGUGCAAAGGCUACAGCAGGAGAAGAAGAACAGCCAUACCCUGCAGCUAAAGAUUCAAAAUCUCAAAAAUUUUGAUAGGGGAAAUACAGACAUGUUGGAGAAAAUGGGAACUUUGAGCGAGAAGAAAACUGAAGAUGGCCGGACAAACCGCAAAGUAGGGGCCAAGUACUUGAAGGAAACUAUCAGAAGAAUGCAACAGCAAGAGGUUGAGAGAGAGCAGAAGAAGAGAGAGUCAAUGCAAAAGAGAAUACAGGCUGUCAAGUUACUGAAAUCUAACAUUGAAGCAACCCAAGAAAACUUACGGGUCAGACACAGCCGAGCCAAAGCAAACACCCUGAAGAAAGAACGGCAACAGAAACGUCUGAAAGAAUCCUUGCAGGCGCAAGGCAUCAACAGCACCAGGCACAUAUACCAACAGAAACGAGACGAGGAGAUGAAACAAAAGCAAGAGGAAUUCAAGGAGAGACAGAAGGCGAGAAGACUAGAGAUUGUGGAAAAGCUCGUAGAGGAGGAACAGCUGGUGAAGAGUAGAAAAGCACACCAGGCGCCGUUGCCAAAAACCAAAACUGGUCACAAGAUCCUUUCCCCAGGCAGGAUACGAGAGAAGCUCCUGCGUUACUUGGAUUCCGUACACCCGUCGGGCACAGAGAGAGACACAACAUUAAGAAACUUCAGCGCUAGCGGCUCAUCUUCAGAGUCAGAGUACCAGGAGGACAUUAUCCCAAAGGAAAUGCAGCACCCGAGCCUUCCUGACAGCCUGGAAGAGCCCGAGUUCUGUGGGCUGUGGGACCAAAAGUUCAAGCUCCCCUUGAAUGAGAAGACAACUUUGACACCAACAGAAGUGAAACGAGAACCUGCAGUAGUUUACCGAAAGCUCAGCACAACCCCCAAAAAAGUUGGUGGAAAACAGAUAAAAGGCCCUUCUUUCACCAGUAAACCAGAAGUAAUCCUAUUCAAGGACUUUGAAGUGGGGGAAACCUAUAAGAAGAAAGUAAUCCUGACUAACAUCAGCUAUAUCACUAACCACUGCAAAUUUCUUGGAAUCUCUGCUCAACUACAGGAUUUUAUUAUGAUCAACUUUCAACCUCCUGGUCCUUUAUCGACUGGGAUGUCCUGUGAAAUGCAAAUUACUUUCCACCCUUCGAUCAAUGAAGACCUGGAAGGAGAGGUGGACUUUGCCUCAGCAGCAGGUCGCUUCUCUGUGCCUGUCAGGUGCACCAUAAAGAGAUGUGAUUUGGAGGUCGACAACCAGUUUAUUGACUUUGGAUCGCAUGUAAUGGGCCAAAUUAUUUCGCGGACUAUCACCUUGACCAACAAAGGUGCACUAGCAACUCGCUUCAGCCUGGACACGACGAAGCCCGUUCCAGAAAUUCACCAGGUCCAGAUGCCAUCCCAUCGCUCGGCCGACACACAGCAGGACACAAUUUGUGCUGAUCAGAAUCAGAGCUCUGCAUCCGUGGCCACCAGAGAGCUACACAAUAUGGAUCAUGUUUUGGAUAGGUCUUCAGUAUCCCGACAGUGCCAACGAGAAUCGCAGGUUUCAGCUGCAGAUCCGAGAUCUGCUUCUGUGUCUUCCAGCAUGCAUGCCCAGAUCGCAGAGGGCUUUUCUGACUCCUGUGACAUACGUAUAGGGAAUGUAAGAGAAGGUGAUAUUGGACCUUUUGAAAGUGUCAAACUGGAGAUAAUAUUCUCUCCGACUGUUCCCGGAGAAGUCAAAUUGGACCUCUACAUCAAGUUUUCAGAUCCGACCAGCUGCCCAAUAGCCAUCCUGGUGAAGGGUGAGGGAGUGGGCCUCCCAGUAUGGGUGGUCGAGCCCAAUAUUGACAUGAAGAUCUGCAUGUUUGACCACCUUUAUCAAGAGGUGGUCACACUCCAAAGCAGCACCAGCAGAGCCUUGAAGCUUACUUUUGACCUGUGGCCAGAGAUGAGGAAACACAUGGAGAUCAUACCAAGGACAGGUUUUCUCCAGGCUCAAUCAAGCUUCACUGCUCACCUCAAGUUUGUGCCAAGGAACACCUUACCCCAAGAUGCUAAUAAGUAUUUCGACAGUGCUACUAGUGUCCUGGAGGUUCCAAUGGCAGUGCAAGUUGCAGGGCAGGUGCAGCCUGUCAUUUACACGGUCCAAGCAAUUGUGACAUCAUCCGACUUGAAGUUUGGUCAGAGCGAGGUGGACUUUGGCUACUGUUCUAUCUACCAGUCAGUCAAGAGCAGCGUACGCCUGACCAACAUGUCCCUGCUACCUCAAGAGUUUGGUUUCGUUGGCCUUCCAGAGUUUGUUGACGUCCAACCUAACGAUGGCUUCGGCACGCUUCUCCCGCAAGAAACACUGGAGAUUGAUAUCAUUUUCAGCGCCAACAAAGCAAAAGAGUACCGUUUCCAUCUAAGUUGCAAGUCAGGAAUCAACAGAGUUUUUCCCCUGGCUUGCCGUGCCAUGGGCGUUUGCCCAACGUUGGCGCUCUCCCAUUCCCUGGUGCAGUUUGGGCCCACGGCGGUUGGCGACCACUCCACCGCUCUCCUUUACCUCACCUAUAACCAAACCGUCCGAAACCAGUCCAAACAACGACCCUCUGCUGGGGCCAGACUGUUUUCCUUCACCCCACCUCAAGACUCCAGCAUCAGUAUCACUCCUGCCGCAGGACGCCUGCUGCCUGGAAAGCUCAUUACCAAGUCGAUGCAGUUACUACAACAUGACUUCGAGCUGCCGGUGGUUCAGUGGAGAUGUCGCUACGGUGUGAGGCCGCCCUCUGUUGAAAAUCUGACAGAAAGGUGUUUGGUCCUGGUCACAUUUAAACCCAAAUUGGAAGACCGGCAUAUCAAGGAAGAGGCCCUGCGUCUCCUCCUCAAAGCCAAGCAGACCAAUGAGGAGGACAUUAAAAAACUCCUUGAAGAGGAGGCUAAAAGGGAGGCGGAGCCCAAUAAAGGGAAGAAAUUGUCCAAGAGCAGCAAAAUGUCAGAUUUUUCUUCCAAAACUGCAACCCCAAUAGAGACACAACCCCCCGACAACAUAGAUGCAGGAGGUCAAAGGUUUGAGGAGGCGAGGGCGUCUUUGCUGCACUCAUUCACCUCGCGCUACAGCGAGUACACCAUCCCCUACUUUGUGUCAGACGGAGACCCCCCGGAGGAAGACAGGCAGACCCAGCCAACGUGGAGUCCUCUCAAUACUGUCUACUUGAAGCUACAAUGUCCUGCUGUACAGCCUCCUCUAGUGGUGGUAUCCAGCAAUAUCAGAAAUUACGCCUUGGAUUUCCAGCAAGUGGCAGUAGGAGAGAGAGUGAUUAAACGAUUUUCAGUCCAGAACAUUUCGGAGGAAUCUUUGGAGUUGAGGUCAUCAUUGCUGGAUAUAUAUGGCCCCUUUUCACUUCUUAACUCACUCAGAGGCAUAGGACCUGGAGAGAAACACACCCUGGUGUUGGCCUUCUGUCCUACGUUAGAAAAAAAGUACUGUGAGACUUUGGAGGUGCGCUGUCAGAAGAUGACCUUGGCCGUGACUCUGCGGGGGGAGGGAAUAGUUCCUGCAAUCACCUCCUCCCACUCUGGAGGUCUCUUGGACUUUGGUUAUGUGCUGGAAAAGGAGAGCACCUCACAGGUCCUGAAGCUCCAGAACAGCUCGGCUGUUACAGUGGGUUUCAAGGCGAUGUUGUACAGCCUCUCGCCCUCCAAGACUCAAGGUGCUGAUGAGAAGGUGGCCCUACUGUUGGGUGGCUACACAGACUCUAAGAUCCAGCCUGUGGUGGGGACCCACAACUACAAUGGGCUAAGUGUUUUCAGUGUUCAGCCGGUGGAGGCAAGCAUUGCUGCAAGACAAAGCCAGGACGUGGUUGUCACCUUUCACCCUGAUCACCCCUCGGUCAACUAUUCAGAUCGGCUCACCAUUGAGCUUGUCAAUAAGACUAAACUGUGUGUCUUGGAUCUGAGAGGUGCAGCGUCUGCACACAAUAUGUAUCUAAAUGGAGGAGACCCACUGACAGUUCCUAUUGAAUCCCUUCUUCCUCCACUAAUAACCAGUCAACCUGAACUCGCCGGACAGUCAGAGGAGAUGGAAAUCCCGGUGUUGGUCACCCUGCGAGCGAGCUACAGUAUGGGGACCAUCAGACCUGCAGUCAGGGAGCUGCAAAUAGGCUGCAUACGGGCCAGUAAGAAGGGGAGUGAUUUUCUCUGGGACAACCUGGCUUCUCUGCAGCAGAGGGGCUUCAGUGUGGAGCCCAGCAAAGGCAGCGUAGAGGCAGGCAGCAGACACACCAUCAAGCUCACAUGGACCCCCCAGAGUGGACACAAGCCCAAUGAAGUGGUGCAGAUGUGUGUGCCUCUCACAGUAAAAGGUGACGAAACGAGGGUAUACAACGUCACCCUCAUGGCUUUAGUCUCCACUCAUGUGGACUGAUUCCUUUUUUUCAUGGAUUCUUUUCUCUAGAUAUUCUGUUAUUGAGGCAAAAGACAGCAAACACCACAAGUUGCUGUUAUUUUUUAUUGUGGUUUAUAGGUCUAUAUGACCAGAAUGACCAUGCAUUAUGUACAGAGAGAAAAAGCUGUCCUAUCUCGCUAUAUUUACAAAUGUUUUAGAAAUUCCUAACCCUGCACCUUUAUCCAGAUCUGUACCAAACUGUAUGAUAAAUCAAUGUUCUUCCUUCAUACCUAGUUUCUCUGUUUCUUUGGGGGGAAAAGUACAUUGCUGUGAAAAAGUAUGAGCCCCCUUCUCAAAUUAUUGUUAUUUUUUUGCAUAGUUUCCCCACUUCAAUGUUUAAGAUCAUCAAACAAAUGAUUUGUUUCCUGUUUCAAAGUCUAGGACUUGCGACUCGACUCAGGACUUGAGGGCAAAGACUUGAGACUCGCAAAGCAAUGACUUGCUGCCACCUCUGGUUAAAAGUCAUUACGGCUAUCAUAUUUUGAAUGAUUGAGCUUUAUUUUGAACAUGCAGUACGAAACUAUAAAAGAAAAGAUAUAUACAAUAUAAGUAUCCCACACUGGAACACCAUGUCCUACCAGCCCAAAAAGGAGUAGGAAGAAGUUAAACUUGUUAAAUUUAAAAUGAGUGACUUUGCAUUAAGAUUUUUUAAUAUAAAACAAUGCCAAUACACGGUACAGUUCAAAACCUCUAGGCGACCAUUAGACUUGUUUAAGCGAUUCUACAUCUACCAUAUAAAUGUCUCGCUCUUCAUUAAGGUACAAUCAGGCAAUAUAUGCAGUAUAAAGAAGAUAUCAUAGAUGAUAUUUAACGUGACCUCUCAUAAUUCAACACUAGCAGGUAGCUGCCGAUCUAAAACCUAAAUGGAAAGGUGCCUUAAAUUUACAAAUUGCGAUUGCAACAACAAAAUGCGCUUACGGUUUGUGCAUGUGAACAGCAGAUGUCAGCAAUGCCAAAGAGUGGUCCAAUGACCUCUCCUGCCUCCUCUCAGAUACAUGCAGUAAGCAUUUAUCACAGAUUGUAGGAGAUUAUACUAAAGAAGAUUAAUGGACCCCAACCUGCCUAUAAAAAGCAAGGUCAUUAUGAGCUUAGCCUCGUGUAAUGUCGCUGGCUUUUACAAAGCAAGUCCUACAUCAUAUUAGACAAUAUUGCCGUUAUUUUGCCACUUUAUCUAAUCUGAUUUUUGCUCUGAUCUCUAUUGCUCAUAUUGAGCGAUGAUGCCACUUACUGCGGUGUUCCUGCGCCUUUAUGUGAACACCCACUGGGUUUAUAAAAAUAAUCAAAUCUACAUCAACCAGCCACAGCAUUAGGUACACCCGCUGAACAGAAUGACAUUCAUUAUUUAUUAUUUCAAUUAUUUCUUUGCAAAGUUAAUGAUUGUUUGACUGACAUUGUCACAGAGGGAUUAAUAUAACAAUAUGCCAUCCAUCCAUUGUGGUGAUAGGUUGCCGAGAUGUAAACUGCAUUGCAUCUUAUUGAGAGCUGUUCAGAAUAUUUUGGUUAAUAUCUGACUAUCAAUCACACUCAGCAUUAAUCUUAGACGAGACACAUUUUGGGGGGAUUUCAUGAUAAUUGAUGAACCUCCGAUUGUGACAUCAGGGCUGUGCUCCAGUUCAGUAUAGAAAAGGGGAAUAUCAACGAGAGUACAUUUUCAAAUUGGCACAUUUUUCUUUGUAUACUGUAAUAGAUUUAUUUUAGAAUGAAUUCAAUAAUUGAUUGUUGAAAAGAAAAUGUUACUGAUAUCACCACGUCUUAGCACAGCACAACUUUUUCUUCCUCUUUUGCACUGGGUGCGUGAAAAAGCGUCAAUUCAGAUGAAUAACUUCUCCCCAGGGUGGCCUGAAACCCGGCUUAAGUAGCUUCACACCACAUGCAUGCAGACAGGCGGGAGCGUAUCCAGGGGCAACUAAAUCACAGCAGCAGUAACCUUGGCCAGAUGAGUUUUUCCCCUCUUUAGUGUUUAAAUGUAAUGUGAAAAUGUAAAUAUUAGACAAAGAUUUGUAUUUAUUUUUUCACCUGGCUCAGUGUGAAAAAGUAAUUACUCCCUAAACCUAAUAACUGCUUGGGCCACCCUUAGCAGAAACAGCUGAAAUCAACCAUUUUCUAAGACUGGCAGUGAGUCUUUAACAUCUCUGUGGAGACAUUUUAGCCCAUUCUUCUUGCGGAAUUGUUUUAAUUCAGCAACAAUGGAGGGUUUUCGAUCUUGAAUAGCCUUUAUAAGGUCAUGCCACAGCUUUUCAAUCUGAUUGAGGUCCAGACUUCGACGAGGCGACUCCAAAACCUUUUUUUAAGCUAUUCAGAAGUUGACUUGCUGUUGUGUUUCGGAUCAUUGUCCUGCUGGAGAACCCAAAUGCGCUUUAGCUUGAGAUCACGAACUGAAGUCCAAAGGUUCUCCUUCUGGAUUUUCUGGUGAAGAAUUCACAGUUCCAUCAAUCACAGCAAGUCAGCCAGGUCCUGAACUAGAAAAGCAGCC